CUUUAUCAUGUUUUUUCGGUACGAUAAAGUAAACAAAUGUGUUGGUAAACUGAGAUAUAUAAUCGAGUGUCAUAAAAUAUCACGUCAAACAGAGACUUGAUGUACGCCUCCUUCGAGUGAAAUACAUUCAUUUAAAUUAAUCUAUUUCUCCAUAAGUUCUCAUAGUAAAGAGUCUUAACUUACAACAAAUAUCGUUUGAUGUUGUUUAAACAAUAUGUUUUUUCGGAGUGAAAGCAAACGAUUUAAUUUUUCAAAUUUUUCAUGUAUGAAGACUCUCCAAUCUUUUUUCCCAAUCAUUGUUUGGCUUCCCCAAUACAACUUGACCAAGUUAAAGGGUGAUUUAAUAGCUGGCAUUACAGUUGGAAUAAUGGUUGUCCCGCAAGGUAUUGCUUUUGCAAACGUAGCUGGGCUUCCUAUGCAAUACGGUUUGUACUCAUCGCUAACACCUGGGUUAAUAUAUUGUAUUUUUGGAACAUCAAAAGACGCAAAUAUAGGCCCUACGGCCACAAUGGCUUUGUUUACAAACAAAAUAAACACAACAAGAAGUCCAAUAGGAGCUUCUUUGUUAGCGUUUUGGUGUGGUGUUGUAUUAACAAUUCUCGGAGUUUUUAGACUAGGGUUUGUGACUAAGUUUAUUCCCUUCACUGUAAUUAGCGCGUUUGUUUCUGCUGCUUCCAUAACUAUUGCAAUAUCUCAAUUUCCUAAUUUGUUAGAAAUUAAAGGUGCACCUACAACCUCAUUUUCAAUUCUUAAUUAUCUCACACGGAAAAUAAAAUUAACCAAUAAAUACGAUGUAACAUUAGGAAUAAUAUGCAUAAUUUACCUUGCAUUUUUUUUGUGGUUAUCGAAAAAAAAGAUAAAAAAGUCGGCUAACCGUUUUAUUAAAGCUCGUAUAAUUUGUAAUAAACUUUUGUGGUUUGUGUGUUUGGCUAGAUUAGUUUUAGUAUGCGUGUUUGCAACAAUUGUUGUGUAUAUAUUUCAUAUCUAUGGACAAGAUGGAAAGUUUACAAUUUCUGGAUAUUUGCCGAAAGGAAUGCCAAAAUGGAAGAACCCUUUUUCAACUGCUCAAAUAAAUAAAAACAAAACCAUGUCUGCAAGCGAGUUUUCACGAGAUUUCGGUAUAUCUAUCAUAGUGUUGCCAAUGAUUCAAUUUAUUGAACAAUAUUCUAUUACAAAGGGAUUUGGUCGUAAAUUUAAUUAUAAAGUAAGUGCCCGACAAGAACUAAUUGCAAUUGGUAUGUGUAAUAUAGCUGGUUCAUUUUAUGGGGGCUGGCCUGUAGCAGGUAGUUUUUCUAGAUCAGCAGUAAAUUCAAUGAGCGGAUCUCAAACGCCGAUGGCAGGUGCAUUUUCUUUUGUUGUGGUGGUAAUUGCACUUGAGUUAUUGACACCUGCAUUUUACUAUGUACCAAAAUCGUCUUUGUCAGCCAUGAUAAUAAUGGCUGUAAUAAUGAUGGUUGAAACACGUGUACUGAAAAGUAUUUGGAAGUUAUCAAAGUGGGAUUUAUUACCCUUUUUAACUACUUUUUGGCUCUGUUUUUAUAAUUUAGAGUAUGGCAUACUUGCAGGGACUGGGGUAUCUAUACUUUACAUAAUAGCUAGAGAAGCUUUUCCUAAAUAUUACAUCAAUAAAGACGAACAAAACGGUUCAAUUACUAUAAUGCUAAAAACAAACUUGACAUACCCUGGUUCAGAGACAUUAAAUAGAAAAAUCCAUUCUGUUGUUCGACAAAGUCCUGGAGCUAAGAUUCUGUACCUUAGCUUGUCCAACACGUCAUACAUUGAUUUUUCAGUACUCAAAGCUUUUGAAACAUUACAUAAAGAAUUGUCUGCGUUAUCAGUGAAGCUUAUUUUUAUAGAAGUUGCAAGUGAUUUUAUGAAAAUGCAAAUAAAUAAUGUAGGAAUGAACUGCGGUGUAAAAAAUUCAUUUACCGAAGGUUGCCAAUUACCUCCAGAAAGUUGUCAUUUAUCACCAGAAAGUUAUCAUUUAUCUCCAGAAAGUUGUCAUUCAUAUUCAGAAAGUUGUCAUUUAUCUCCGGAAAGUUUUGAUUUAAAUUCUAAACUUUCAGAGCCCAGACAGGAAAUAUUAAAAACGUCAAUGUUAACACGUUUUUUUCGGUUUGUUUCAAUACUUCCAAAAAGAAAACAUGAAAAUAAUCAGGCAAUCAUGUUGAAAGAAGACAUAGGUACAAAUUUAUAAAUAUGUAUUAAAGUUGUAAAUUGUAAAAAUAUUUUAUCUAUAACUACGA